AUGAGCUCCAACGCCUCCGACCCGAAGACUUUACCCGAAUUAUGCAUACCGUUGAAUCCGGAGAAGACCACGGCCGUCGUCCCCAACGAGAAAGUUUCUAGAGACUGGACUAAGGGAUCAAUAAGUGCUGUGUUGUCAAUUAUAGCAGCGUUGUCCAUAAUCUUUUUAGUUGGAAGGGGGGUGGAUAUUUAUCUGGGAGUGAGCACCUAUUCAUCAAUUGUUGUUGACAAGAGUUUUGGUGGGGACCUUUUACUAAUUGAUUUCAAUAUCAGUUUUCCAGCAUUGCCUUGUGAAUUUGCAUCCGUCGGUGUUAGUGAUUUCUUUGGCACUAAUAUGUUGGACAUAAGUAAAAUGGUUCACAAGUACCCAAUAUAUUCAAACUUAAAGCCUACUGGCUCUGAGUUUCAGUUAGGAACAAUUGCUGAAGAAAUUAAUUACGAUGAGCAAGUUUCUCCUUCACUCAACGCACAUAACUUUGACAAAAUUUCACAUCAGCAUCCUAUUUUGGUAGUAAAAUUCUAUGCGCCUUGGUGCUAUUGGAGCAAGCGCCUGAAACCUUCAUGGGCAGAAGCAGCCAAAACUAUAAGAGAAAGAUAUGACCCAGAAAUUGAUGGACGAAUUUUUAUGGGAAUGGUUGAUUGCAAUGUGGAAACGGAAUUAUGCAGAAGGCAUCACAUAGACGGGUAUCCAUUUAUUCGUAUCUUCCGCAAUGGAAGUGAUAUCAGAGAUGAAUGUGAUGAUGAUAGUUGGCACCAAUGUCAUGAAUCAUACUAUGGGAAACGAGAUACAAAUAGCCUAGUUAAGGCAAUGGAGGAUUUGGUUGCACCUAUUUCUUUGCAGUUGCAAAAGGUUGCAUCAGAUAGCUUGCCUGCCAAAAACAAAGAUGAUGCAAAAAAGCCUGCACCUUUAACUGGAGGAUGUAGAAUUGAGGGUAACGUAAAUGUGAAUAAGGUCCCUGGAAAUCUUAUCAUAUCGGCUAGUUCAGCUGCUCAUUCUUUUGAUGCUUCGCAAUUGAACAUGUCACACAUUAUUUCCCAUUUUUCUUUUGAUAAAAGGAAAUCUCGGAGGCUAAUGAGAGACAAGAAGCGAAUGUUGCACUAUUUUGGUGGAAGCCAUGACUGGUCAAGGUUGGAUGGCAAGUCAUAUAUCAGUAAUCCAAGUGAUUCAUAUGCAAAUAUCACUAUUGAGCAUUAUCUCCAAGUUGUGAAAACCGAGGUUAUGACAAGAUCCCAUAAAUUAUUCGAGGAAUAUGACUACACAACUCACAGUAGUUUUGUUCGCAAUCUUGAUUUCCCAGUUGCAAAAUUUCAUUUUGAGCCAUCGAAAAUGAAGAUCUUCAUCAACCAAUCGAAGUCCUAUUCGCGCUUUAUUACAAAUGUGUGUGCUAUACUUGGAAGUGUUGCUACGGUUGUUGGGAUAUUACAUGUAAUUAUGUACAACACGAUGAGAGCGAAAGCUUUUGACACAGAGUCAAAAUUAGUUGGUGUGUAA